AACACACCACACACCACACACGCAUCACACCACACGCACCACACACACACAUUUUUUUUUUUAGAACCGUGACGUCAUGGCUCGCUCUCUCUCCUCCCGUGAUCGCAGGCGCGUUCGGGAAACUCCACCGUCCCACCUGUGUGGUGCUGGUGGUGUUGUAGUCUCAAACUCUUCCUUAAACCUCCUCCUCCUCCUCCUAUAACUCACGGGGCCCGCUUAGAAAAAGAGGGCACAAAAAUCCGCUACCUGGUAUUUACAUCCAUCAGGCUUUUUGGGAAAUAUUGACGGGUUUCAGGGAUUUUGCUUUGCCAGUGAGGGGACAUUUUUAGUUACUCGAUUGGCGGGCAAUAGAGAAGAUAUUUUUUUAAAGAGGGGGGGGGGGUAAGGUUUUUUUUUAUAAUACAUUUUUUUUUUAGUUCACAAAUUAAUUUUUCGCGUUGUGUGUAUGACUUACAGCUGCGUUGGGGGUGGUAAAUAUAUUUGUGUGUGUCUGCUUAAUUAUUUUUUUUAGCAUAUUAUCUUUCAUAACGAGAAUCCGUGCUUACUUAUAUAUACACACACACGCGCGCGUGUCUUUGGCUGGCAAGCCGAAUUGAACAGCGUUCCAACAUUUUUUUUCCCUCUUUCCGUGAAUAUAAAUUAUAAUUUUUUUUGGUGCUUCUAAAUAUCUCAACUGGCAGAGCGGAUUCGAGAGACAUUAUUUAGUGGCAAGUCUGAGCAGCCCCGCUGUGCCUCCCUCUGCUCUCCUCUCUCUCUCCGCCUCUGUCUCUCUCCGUUUUAUUUUGCGAGUCUUUAAACUCAACAACAACAACAACACGUUGUAUAAUGAGCUAAGCAAUCUGAAAAAACGAUGUCAUAUACACAGUUCGGAUACCCCUACACCACUACUACACAGCUCCUCGUCUCCUCGCCUCCCUCCUCUUCCGUCAUCCCGGGCAUCAUCAGCGGCAUCAGCAACAACAACAACAGCAGCAGCAGCAGCAUUCUCAGCAGCAGCAACAAUAACAACAGCAACAACAACAGCAGCAGCAACAGCAGCAGCAGUGGCGGCGGUGGCAUCACUAGCCCGUGCUACGACAGCAACAGCAGCAACAUCAACAGGGGUUCAAAUUCCGCCCCGGUGGACGGUAGCACAGGUUCGACUCCGGGUUCGCGGGUGGCCACGGGACCGGCCACCCCUCCUCCGCUUCACCCGUCGGCCGUGGCUGCCCCCACGGUCUGCUGUUCCCCGUACAACAGCCGCCUGUUGGCCUCGGCGGCUGCCCGAGGGGACCUCACGGCCCUCGGGGUCUAUGGGGGUUCGUACGCAGCGGCGGCCGCGGCACAGGGAUACGGGAAUUACGUCCCCUACGGAGCAGAGCCGUCUGCCUUCUACUCACCGCUGACCUCUCCGUAUGAGAUCAAAGACUCGAACGGGUCUCUGCACACCGGACUUCCACAGGCCACGGGCUACUAUCACUACGACGGGUCGCUAAAUCAGUACCAGUAUGGCAGGUACGGUGGCGUGGAUCUGAGCGCGGGCACCCGACGCAAAAACGCGACCCGCGAGACCACGGCGACGCUCAAGGCGUGGCUCUACGAACACCGCAAGAACCCGUACCCCACCAAGGGCGAGAAGAUCAUGCUGGCCAUCAUCACCAAGAUGACCCUCACGCAGGUCUCCACGUGGUUCGCGAACGCGCGCCGGCGUCUCAAGAAGGAGAACAAGAUGACGUGGUCGCCGCGGAGCAGGCCAGGCGAGGAGAGCGGAGGGAAAGACGAAUGCAGGAGGGAGGUGGACCGCGAGCAGCAGCAGCAGCACGAGGAGGAUGAGGAACAGGAGGCUGCGGUGGUGGUUGACAAGAGAGGAGGAGUGGUGAAGUGUUUUGUGUCAGACCAUAACGGUGAGAAAGACCACGGCAAGGGGCACGUUCUGAGCGACCUGGAAGACCUCGACGACGUCGAGUCGGACCACCUGGGUGACGACGAGCUGGAGGAAGGUGGCCACCUCCAAGCGAAGCGCUUCCAAAAGUCCCAAUGCAAGAACUACCCACCGCUAGCGGUGGUGGACGCAUCAUCCAUCAACACCUCCUCCAACACGUCCACCACGAACAACAACAACAGCAACAGCGGCGGCGGCGGCGGCAACAUUUCCAUCAACAUCAUCAGCGGCGGCGGAGGAGGCAGCGGCGUUCAGCAGACUUCCGAAGGCAUAAAAAGUGUGUUCGCUUUGAGUUGUGGCGAGCAACAAGACAGUCUGCAACUUUAUGACUCGAGUGAUCAGCAGCAGCAGCAGCAGCAACAUCAGCAACAUCACCACCACCACCACCACCAUCAGCACCAUCACCAGCAUCAUCAGGUGGUCAGUAGCGAUGCCAAGUCACUGUUGCCGAUUGUGUCGGAGAAGCCACGAAUUUGGUCGCUGGCUCACACGGUCUCGAGCUGCGACUCCAAAUACCCAUCGUGUGCAGCGCUUCAGCAGUUGCAGCAGCAACAGCAGCAGCAGCAGCAACAGUCGCCUGUGAGCGGCUCGCAGGCAACAGCAGGCACCCUGCUGCAGAGACAUCAAAAGUUCCACGCAACCUUGUCUCAGUUGUCGCCGCCGUGUUCCGACCCCGUCGGCUCGUGGCGACAAGUUGCCUCGGCCGCGUCUCCCGAGCAACUUUUGUUGAAAGCAGCCGAGCAGAACGGACUGGGGUCCUACCUUCUCGCUCAGCAGCAGCAGCAGCUGCAGCAACAGCAGCUGCAGCAGCAGCAACAGCAGCAGCAGCAACAACAACAGUUGGCACAGGUUCAGCACGGGCUGUUGUCGAGGGCGAGUUGCCAAAUGUCAGGACUGCACAUGGGAGCUCAACAGCAUCAAGAGUUGACUUCCGCGAAGAGCCAAGCGGCCGCCAAUUCACAUCGCCACUCGACAGAAGUUGAUGCGAUCAGAAGUAAGAUUCAGGGAACCGAGACGGGGUUCGCCUGGUCCGCUAGACCCUAGUGGUUCUCCCCGCGUGUCUUAAAGACAAAGGUCACCCGAACACAAUGCAGGUUUUUGGUUUUUGAAGGGUCGGGGGGUGGUCAGAUCGCGUGAAUAGAUAAAUGUGUCGUUAAACCCGUCACCACCCGACACAGCCAAUUCAUAAGUUAUGUCGCGUGGGUGGAACGUGCCAAUUCGUUACUAGCACAGCAGCACACCGUUGUGGUUGGAGGCCAUAAUCCACAACACUUGUUGACAUUCGCGCGACCUUACUGCCGCCGCCCCCCACCCCACCUCAACCACUAAAAAAAAACCCCAUUUAAUACGGACGAUAUUGGUCGGAGGAAGCCGACUACGCGUCACCCCGUAUAGCCUACGUAGAUUGUUGGGGCAGAGUGCCUGUGGGCGAUCGCUUUCAAAGUCCGGCCCGCAGCGAAAUGCGGGGCGAAAAUGCCAUCGGCCGGAGUUCGAUUCAUCGCUCGCGGCUAACGUCGCCGGCGUUUAUCCCAGCCGGUCCUGGGUCACGCACGCAGGUUGAACUUCUUUCGCACCGUACGUAGCCGACUCGGCCUUGAACGAGUACGUGGUGGCACGUGUACAGUCGCAUUGCGCUGGGGAGACAAAGGCGGCCGAGCGUUGUGGGGGCCGCACCAAAUCCUCGUGUGCCGUGCCGGCCUUAAUGGGUGCUCGCUAACAGCACUUGCCCUAACAGUCUGUUAAGGAUAUACGGGGGAUCUUUGUGUGUGUGUGUGCGUGAGUGCGUGUCGGUCAAAGCUCCCUAAAUGUCGCCAAUGUGGAUUGUCCAAUUAAAAGUGUUGUUAGCGAGCACCUAUUGAGAAUAUUAUACUCUAUAGUGUGUAAGUGUGUCUGUGUGUUUAUACGUGCGAGUGUGUGUGUGUGUUUGUGUGUGUUCGUGU